GACAGAGAAUCACGUGUGGUACAGUCAUUCGAAUACCCACAUUGAAGUUUAAAGAGAGAAGUGAAGCUCACAUGGCUUCAUACCAUCCUCUCCUAUACACCUCUUACAAUCUAUAGGAGUACUUGAAGGAGCAAAAGUACCAAAAAAAUGGCAUCACCUUCCUACCCCAAAACAGCCGUCAACAAGCUAGGCCGACUAGCGAAUCGAGGUGCCUAUGACUACACCACAGUCCACACAUUGAUCAACGAAUGUCCCAUUCUCCACGUCUCCUUCAACGAUCCUGAACACCCUUUUCCCGUCGUGCUCCCCAUGCUGGGAUGUACCGCCAACUACGAUGACCAGGAUGCGGAUCCGAAGACUACGGAGCAAGACGUGUAUAUCCACGGCUAUGUGUCUGGACGGAUAUUCAAGAGUGGGAAGAAUGCGGGGGAGGAGGGGUUACCUAUUACGAUAGCUGCAUCCUUCCUAGACGGCCUCGUCCUCUCCCUCACCCCCUUCCACAACUCAUGCAACUACCGCUCCGCCAUCCUCUACGGCCACGCCCACCCGGUAACCAACCCGGCCGAAGCCCUGUACGCCAUGCGCCGCAUAACAAACAACCUGCUCCCCUCGCGCUGGGAAAACUCGCGCACACCGCCCACCCAAGCCGAACUGUCGUCGACUUCCCUGCUCAAAGUCAAGAUUGCGUCGGCGAGUGCAAAGGUGAGGGUUGGUGGGCCCAGUGAGGACCGCGCGGAUUUGAAGGAUGGAGAGCUGGUGAAGGGGACGUGGACGGGUGUUGUGCCGUACUGGGGCACGUGGGGGGAGCCCGUGCCUGGGAGGGAGAAUGGGUGCGCGCAGGUCGAGACGUAUAUUGAGGAGUGGAGGGUUAGGGAGACGCAGGCCGCUAAGGUGUAUGCUUUUGAGGCGGUUGAGAUGGAGGGGAAGGGGAAGUGAGACGGAGAGAGGGGGGUGGAGUGGUGGCGGGAGUAGGUUUUUGCGAUGUUGGGGAGUAGAUCCAUAUAGAUGAGAGUGAUACCAGCAGUGUACAUCUGGAUCGAAUUCUUCAGUUUACCUAGAUUCUAUUUUCUAAUAAUGACUUGGCUAGUGCCAAAUUAGCUUGACCGGGAAAUUGUAGAUUCAGACCGGAUGUAUCCUCGGAUGACAAUUACACGUGUCACGGUCUUCUAGGUCGUCAUGUGAAGUUACUAAGAGGAGAGGAGAGAUGCUCACUAUAAAAGAA